AUACUAUCGAAAGCCGCUACCACUACAGCGGUACAGGUGACACACCUAGCUAGCUAGCACUCCAGCUUACGUUCAAAAACACGCUGUUGGGGUUGUGAUAGUACGCAGCAGUUACGCGGUCUGUUGCCCGUGCCAGUUAAGCUGCGUCUGUGUUGGGGAUGUAUCGUAAGAGCAGUCCGGUUUUGAAGUGAGGUGCCUUCGCCUCACGGCCCGUUCACACGUAUUGUUCGCUAGCAGCCAGGCAGCGACACGAAAGCGAGGCCCUGAGAUCUCCGCGCUCACACCAAAAGUGCUUAGUGUAGUGUUGGAGGUGUUCGGAGGGGGCUGACUACUUCUUAACGUUUCGCUUUUAUCUUGUUUUUCCCACCGUGUGUAAAUGCAAGCGAAUUCGGAACUGAUAUCUGGGCGUGCCAAGACGGUUGAGAUUCAAAUGAUGAAGCGCCGCUCGUUAGCCGGAAAUUGCGGAGUGGGGGUGUUUGUGAUAGCCCUGGUGACGGUUCUGGUGGCCUUUGCGACGCCCAGCUGGCUGGUCAGUGACUAUCGGAUCACCGGAGCCAAGCUGGAUCGAUUGGGUCUGUGGACGCACUGUUUCCGCUCCCUGCCGGAUGUGAAUGAUGACUACCAGCGGAGGUUCUUCGUGGGGUGCCGGUGGGUGUACGAUCCGUUCACGACCGGGUACGAUGAAAUCCGGGGAUUCCUGAUACCACCCUUCAUGAUCGCAACGCAGUUUUUCUACACGCUUUGCACAAUCGGUGUCAUAUUGUCUAUGAUAAUGGUGCUGUUCUUCUUCCUGUGCGCUGGACCGGAUCAGAAGUUUUUCCUGAAGCUGAUUAGGACCAUGGGUUUCCUCACGCUGGCGUCCGGAAUUAGCGGUGGCAUCGGCGUCAUAGUGUUUGCCAUUUUCGGCAACAAGGACAAGUGGAUGCCGGAGCACGCCAACAAUUGGUUCGGUUGGUCGUUCAUCCUGGCCUGCAUUGGAGCCGUGGCUUGCGGUAUUGCGGCGUCGCUUUUCCUUACCGAAGCUCACGUGCAAACUCGGAAGCGACGGCAGCUGAAGGAAUCGCAGACCCGGUUCCAGAUCGAUAGCGAGUCCAAGGCCUAGGAUGCGUUUGGGAAGCGCUAAUCCUUAGCGCACAAAAUCGACGUACGCACAUUCGGAAGCCGAUAAGCAAACAGUACAAUCGCGAGAAUAUGCCUUUUAAAAUUGAAGAAUCUGUAAAUACGAACUUUUUACAACAUUCCGUCACAAAGCAACUUUUAUUCUCUAGGAAGAUCGUACAUAAUCAAAGCCACGAAUCCGUCCGUAAUUAGAAUUUCUAAGUUUACACACAUGUCGUUGUUGAGUGACAAGUUUUAAUUUACAUUCGAAUGUAGAUAUCUUUUAUAGCAAUCAAACAUUCCAUCUCUUAAAGUAAGCCAAUAGUGUUAUCUUGACUUUGAAUGCCAAAUUAACGAGUAACUUUCUCAAUCUCACCAUCGUUCAAUAGACACAAACUGUUGAUUACUUAAGAGCAAAAUUGAAUGUUAUCAGGAACGGACCAGUUUUUUUAAGUUUCCUCUUAGUUUAUGAUUUAAUGUUUUUCGUUUCCCCUUUUUAUUGUUUCGAUGUCUAACGACAUCAAAAACUGCUGCCUUGAAUAAGAUAAUAACGGAUAAUGAGGGAUUUAUCGAAGAUGAACGCGGAGUUCAUCUCAGAAGUCCAAGUAAAAUUUGAAUCAAUCGGAAAAGA